AUGUCGGCGAGGAAGAGAUCUCGAGUCAGCGCUCGUCAGGCCACACCUGAAGUCCAGGCAAAGAUCGACAGUGUCUACAACAGGGAUGGGGAUUUGACUAUCAUCAGCUCGGACGGGAUGAAGUUUGUUGUGCAGUCUCUAUACCUGAAAGCUGUCAGUUCUGUCUUCAAGGACAUGAUAGCCGCAUGUACCGCCGGAGCGGCGGAGGCGGCGGCCGAAUUGACUCUCACCGACAAUGAGCUCGAACACUCCUCCAUCCUCCGACUCCUGCUGGACCUGGCCUACAGCAAGCCUCUCGACAAUUUCGACCUCAUACCCUGCAAGACUAUGCUCAGUCUGAUCCGCCUCGCCGUCAAACUAGACUGUGCGACGCCCCUCCGAAUGAUCUCCCUCCUCGUUACGCAACCUCUGGCCCCCAAGUCGAGCAGCCUCAACCGGUUCUACUAUGCUUGCGCUCUUGACGACGUUGAGGCUGCGUACCGCUUCCUUCCUGCGGCUGCACUCCAGCGCCACCCGGGCCGUGCACCUACAGGGGCUUCAUCGACGGACGUGCCGCUCGCGGCCGAAUCCUGCCUGGACGUCUGUGCAAUGAGCGAGGAAUGGAUCAACCAGCUCCCCCGCAAAUACUUCUUGGCGCUCUUGAGAGCGUCAAGGUGGAGAAUGAUCACUCCUUGUGCACCCGGUAUCUGGGACACGGUGGCGACAGAGUUCCGGGCGAUCGUCAGGCUGCAGAAUGCGAAGGUAUCUGCAAGCUAG